UCCGUCACAUCUCAUGGCCUUAUAAAUCGCAAACGGUGCUUCUUACUUAAAUUCUCACCGUGCAUCUACAGUACUUGUUUCAGCUUUUUUGUCGCUCUAGUUUAAAUAAGCAUUUCCACCCGAAUUUUCUCCUAAAAUCCCAAAUAUACCCUCGUCAAACGCAGUUCCCGAUGUCUUUCCCUCUGCAAAAACUCUGCCACAAGCAACAGCAGCAACAGAAACAUAAUUAUAAAAUUUACACACACACCCUCCACAGCCUACGCAAAUUUACAUUAUUUUAUUACAUCACAGGGACAGAAUAUCUGAGGAACAAGGCAAAAUCAUGAUACUAGAUACAACUACUGUACACGCCAUAGCAGAGUGAGAUAAGGAUUGUUAGCUACUGAAAAUGAAUGCGAUGGCGCCUUGUACAUUUAUAAUCAUUUUUAAACAUAAUCGCCCCUCUAUCUUUAUUAUAUUUACUAUUUUGCCACUAAUAUCCCGUGCUAUUACCGCUCUUCCUCCGCCUAGUCUCGUACUUGCAACUCAACUCACCAACACAAGGAGUACCAAUUUUAUUACACAAGUACUCACAUUUUAUUACAAACAUUAAACAUUAAAAAAAUUAAAUAAGUUUGGGGCUUUGCAUUUUCUUGUUUUCUCCGGUCCCGAGACAAUUUUACACUCUUCCAUUCUUCAAUUUACAGAGUGAGAAUGCAGCUUUGUAGUACCGAGGCUGAGUUGUUUGGAAAGUAUUAGAGGUGCAGUUGUGGGGAAGAAUGGAUGGGAGGCGGCAUUCGGUUGAUAUUCCCAUAUCAAAAGCAUUGGUGGCUCUUAGAAGAGUGAGAUCACUGAGGGAUCCGUCAACGAACUGUUCAAGCAGAUUAUCUCCAGUAGUUGACGGUUUGAAUUGGGAAACAAACUCAAAUAAUGGGAUCACUUUAGGAUUUGCCAAUGAUGGAAUUGAUGGCGUAAAUGCUCUAGGAUCAAAAGAUGUAGUUUUGUAUGGACAAAGGAGGGAACAUGACAGUGAAUGUGAGGUCUACUAUUCUAAAAGAAAACACAAUCCUAAUUUUGGCCGUGAUGAGUAUCCGGACUUUGGGGGUUAUUGUCCUGGCAGGACCAUAGAAGAAGAGUCUAACUUGAUCCUUACAAAUCAGGAAGAGAGUUGUGAGAACACAUUACCAAGUGAAAAAUAUUACAGGGAGUACAAGGACAAAAAACUAGGCUUAAUUGGCAAGCCACCUUUAGGGGAUUGCUCGGAAGGGGUGGGCUCAUGUAAUGAAGCAUUGGAAGGAUCUUUGCGAGCUGAAAGAUUGGAUCAAAAUGCUUCAAAGCGAAAUUCUCGAUACAGAAACCGAAUUAGAUCAUCCAGAGCAGGAACAUGCGAUGUAAUGAGUCGUACAAGCAGUCCUUGUUUGUCCAUUGGUGAUGUUCCAGUGGAAAAGGCAAGUUGUAGCCCAUCCUUAUAUGAUAAUGGAGAUGUGGAUGCUUUAUAUCCGAAUGAUCAGGGAUGCGGGAUAAGUCGAUGCUGGUCAAGAACUCCAAGAUUUAGAGAAUCCGAUUUUUCUUCUGAUCUAGAAGAGAGACCACUAAUGUCAGAGGGAGCAAGGUCAAUAGAUCAGUCAGAGCACAGGAGGAGUCGGAAGCACAUUGGUAAAGAGGCUAUUCCAUAUUCGGAGAGUCCUAGGAGUCUGCAUCAGAAAUUCAGGCCCAAGUCUUUCAGUGAACUAGUAGGGCAAGAUGUGGUGGCAAGUUCCCUCUUAAGUGCCAUUGCAAAUGAGAGAAUAAUUCCAUUUUACCUAUUUCAUGGUCCCCGUGGUACUGGCAAGACAUCUGCCUCGAGAAUAUUUGCUGCCGCCUUAAAUUGUCUCUCACGUGAAGGAAACAAGCCUUGUGGUACGUGCCAGGAUUGCGUUUCUUUCUUUUCUGGAAGAAGCCGGGAUGUAAAGGAAGUGGAUUCUGUGAGAAUCAAUCGGGUGGACAGAAUUAGAUGGAUCAUUAAAAGUGCCUCAGCUCCCCCAGUUUCAUCACGCUAUAAGGUCUUUAUAAUUGAUGAGUGCCAUUUAUUGCGAGGAUCUACAUGGGCAUCUAUCUUAAGUGCAGUUGACAACUUUUCAAGACACGUUGUCUUCAUUAUGAUUACCCCUGACCUGGAUAAGCUUCCGCGAAAUGCAGUGUCUAGGUCCCAGAGGUAUCAUUUUCCAAAGAUAAAGGAAAUUGACACAGUUUGUAAACUUAAAAAAAUAUGUGUUGUAGAGGGAAUUGAAUUUGAUCAAAAUGCAUUAGACUUUAUUGCUACUAGAUCUAGUGGUUCACUUCGGGAUGCAGAAAUGAUGCUUGAGCAGCUCAGUUUGCUUGGCAAAAAAAUUACUCUAUCAAUUGCCUAUGAACUUGUUGGCAUGGUUUCUGACGAGGAAUUGCUUGACUUACUGGAUCUGGCUUUGUCUUCUGAUACCGCAAACACUGUUAAAAGGGCCAGGGAGUUGAUGAAGUGUAGAAUUGAUCCUAUGCAUCUAACAUCACAACUAGCAAAUAUCAUCAUGGAUAUUCUUGCUGGAAAUUGUCUGGAUGGUGCCAAAAAAAAGUUUAUGGGAAGGCAUACUUCUGAAGCAGACCUCCAGCAUCUCAGUCACGCACUAAAAGUACUUUCUGAAACUGAGAAACAACUGAGGACAUCUAAGAACCAGACCACGUGGCUUACUGUAGCUCUUUUGCAGUUGAAUUCUGGCGGUUCUACAAUAGAUGCAAAUGAGACAGCAUUAUGUAGAAGUACAGUGCAUACAAGAGACGGUGAGUUCUGCAGCUCGUCAUAUAGUGGAGAGAGUUCAAAGCAUCAUGUCACUUGUGCUUGUGGCAAAUUUGAUUCUUGCAAAAUGGGGACACAGGAAGGAAAGGGAACACUGGAAUCUGUUUGGAGCAGAGCUACAGAAAUUUGUGAAUCUAAGUCACUCCGAAAUUUUCUUCAGAAAAAAGGGCAGUUGGCUUCUGUUUGUUUUAAUGAAGGUGUGGCUGUAGCUGAACUAGAAUUCAAAAGCCCUGCUUAUGUAGCGAAAGCUGAGAAAUCCUGGAAAUUGAUAGCUGCUGCAUUGCAAUCUACUUUGGGUUGUAAUGUUGAGAUAAGGAUUAAUCUUAUGCGUAGCAAUUCUGAGAUCAAGUCCAAGAAAGUGAAGAAAUCAUCAUUCAGCUUGUUUAGUUGUUCACGCAGAAUUGACCGACACUCUACCACCGAACCUGGAAGUGAUCCUUCUGAAAAUUAUACAUCAUUGUCUGAAAAGGCCAUGAUAAAGGAAAAAUCAGUUGCAACAUGUACCUCUGAUUGCGGGUCUCAAAAGUCAAACUCACACAUUUGCUGUCACACACAAGAAACAGUAAAAACUCUGCGGGAUAGUGAUGGAAAUGCACUUAGUGUUGAAACGACUACGUCAUAUAGGUUAUUGCCUGAGAAUACACCAAAACCGGAAUAUUGUAAAGAUGAUUGUUGUAAUGGAGACGAAAUGAACUGUAAAUUUCGGAAUGUAUACUCUGACACUGCUGAGAAGCAGCCGGGCUGUUUUCCGAGGACAAUGAAUCUACAUAAGAAGUUACACACAUCAGGCAACAGGCAGAUGGAUGUUUUCAGUAUGCAACCAGAACACCACCUUGCAUUGGCCAACCAUGGUCAAACACCGCCUCAAGGUUAUUUCUGUGCCAGCGAUCCUUACAGUUUCAGCAAAGAUUGUAAGAACAACACCGAGUGUCAUGGAUAUGAGAACAAUCAAGGAAGGAAAGAUUCCAAGGUGUACUGUUGGAGGACUCCUACAUUUCCCUUUAAGAAGGCUUGGCAGUUGAGACACCAGCAACCGCAGAGAACACACCUGGUGGGGUGGGUAUUUCCUUGUGCUGCAGCUAAGCAGUAUUAGAGUUGACAUGAAGCAGCUAUAUACCGGAGAAGACUCUGCAGCGUACAAAUAUUAUUGGUCUUCAUGCUUUUAAGGAUCAUGCAACUUCACAUGUAUAGCUUGCACCUACAGUGUUUUGGCCAUGUGUGCAAAUUUGUAGUAGUAAGCUUUUAGGACAAGAUCUUUACAGAUUACAUGAUCUUUACAGAUUACAUGCUAUUGCUGUUAUACAGUGCCUUUGGCUUAAACUUGAAGGUUUUUAGCUAGUCCCAUAUUUUUGUCUCCGGGAGUUGGGAAAAAUACAUAUAGU